UGUAACAGAUACUGUUAGGUCAAUUACUUACAGUUAUUCAAUGACCCAUCCUAAUCCCUGUUAACAGAAUCUUAAUUUCGAUAACAGUUGUAGUGAUUCUCAAUCUAGGAAAUAAAGAAGGAUUGGUGUAAAUUAAUCUACAUAAUCUUGUUUCCAUUUUUCAGAUACUUAACUUUUUAGUCUUUCUUGUAGGUAGCAGUGGCAUUGUAAAAUUUAUCAUGUGAAAAAUCUGUCUGUUUUAUAGUGGCCAUUGGGAAAGGCCUUUCUAUAUAGAGCCCACAAACAUCGUCAAUGUGAAUGAUGUCAUUCAGAGGGUUAGUGACCAUGCCUCUGCCAUGAACAAGAGGAUUCAUUACUACAACCGGCUCACUGCUCCUGCAGACAAGGCACUGAUUGCUCCAGACCAUGUGGUUCCACCUCCAGAGCAGUGCUACGUGUAUAGUCCAUUAGGUUCUGCUUAUAAACUUCAAAGUUACACUGAAGGAUAUGGUAAAAACACCAGUUUUGUAACCAUUUUUAUGAUUUGGAAUACCAUGAUGGGAACAUCUAUACUAAGUAUUCCUUGGGGCAUAAAACAGGCUGGAUUUACUACUGGAAUGUGUGUGAUCAUGCUGAUGGGCUUUUUAACACUUUAUUGCUGCUACAGAGUGGUGAAAUCACGGACUAUGAUAUGUUCCCUGGAUACCAGUACCUGGGAAUACCCAGAUGUCUGCAGACAUUAUUUUGGCAGCUUUGGGCAGUGGUCAAGCCUCCUUUUCUCCCUGGUGUCCCUCAUUGGAGCAAUGAUAGUUUAUUGGGUGCUUAUGUCUAAUUUUCUUUUUAAUACUGGAAAAUUUAUUUUUAAUUUUUUUCAUCAUAUUAAUGACACAGACGUUAUACUGAGAACCAAUAAUAGCAACCUUGUGAUUUGUCCAAGUGCUGACAGUGGCGGCCAUCCUGACAACAGCUCCAUGAUCUUUUACACCAAUGACACAGAAGUCCAACAAUUUGAAAAAUGGUGGAAUAAGUCCAAAACAGUGCCCUUUUACCUUAUUGGACUCCUCCUGCCACUGCUCAAUUUUAAAUCUCCUUCAUUUUUUUCAAAAUUUAAUAUCCUAGGCACAGUAUCUGUUCUCUAUUUGAUUUUUCUUGUUACCUUGAAAGCAAUUCGCUUAGGAUUUCAUUUGGAAUUCCAUUGGUUUACAACAACAGAAUUUUUUGUACCAGAGAUAAGAUUUCAGUUUCCACAGCUGACUGGAGUGCUUACUCUUGCUUUCUUUAUUCAUAAUUGUAUUAUCACACUCUUGAAAAACACAAGGACCAAGACAACAAUGUGA